UUAAAAAGUGACAUUUAAAUCACAGUGUAAAGAGUGGGUGGAACUUUAUUGCCUGAUUGGCUGAAAUUAAAUUAAUCAUUUAAAAUGGUGACUGUCGCUUUUCGUGUGGGAGCCGCAACAAUGUGUGAUUCAUCAAGUAACAGCUAAAAUGGCCGGCCAUGAGGAGCAAGAUGCGCCGUUUGUCCCCCUCCACCCCUAGCAGCCGGGCCAUGGACAAGUAUGAGCAGCUAGCUGUCGUCGGCGAAGGCUCGUACGGCGUGGUGCUAAAGUGCCGCCGCCGCGACACAGGGCAGCUCGUCGCCAUCAAGAAGUUCCUCGAGACGGAGGACGACGCGGCCGUCCGCAAGAUGGCGCUGCGCGAAAUACGAAUGCUCAAGAAACUUCGCCACGAGCACCUAGUGAACAUGAUCGAGGUGUUCCGUCGCAAGCGGCGGUUCUACCUCGUCUUCGAAUACCUGGACCACACACUCCUGGACGAGCUGGAAGCCUCCCCUGGAGGCUUAGGAGAAGAUACCGCUAAAAGGCACCUCUACCAGCUUUUGAAGGGAAUCGACUUUUGUCAUCAGAAUUCUAUCAUCCACCGUGACGUGAAGCCAGAGAACGUCCUAUUGUCCAAAACAGGCAUCGUCAAGCUGUGCGAUUUGGGCUUCGCCAGGGCUUUAGCGGCGCCAGGCGAGCCCUACACGGAGUACGUAGCCACACGGUGGUAUAGGGCGCCGGAGUUACUGGUAGCAGAACACAGGUACGGCCCCGAAGUGGAUAUUUGGGCAAUCGGCUGCAUGUUCGCUGAAAUGUUGACCGGUGACCCCCUGUUCCCUGGCGAUUCUGACAUAGACCAGCUCGCGCUCAUCAUCAAGACUGUCGGCAAGCUACCCCCGCGCCACCAGCAAGUUGUAGCUCGUCUGUCCGGCGGCGCCGCGCUUGGGACCGGCCCUCGAGGCUCUCUACCCGGGACUGGGCAUGCCAAGGACUUGCUAGCGGCAUGUUUGAGGACGGAGCCCCGCGCGAGGCCUUCUGCCGGUGCCCUGCUUAGGCAUAAAUACUUCACUCAUGAUGGCUUCGUGGACGUCUUCAACGCAGAACUAAGGAAAAAACUAGGAAAGGAACUACAGACACCUCCUCAGCAAAGCACGGCGCGCGUUGGGAAACCACGUCAACAAUGGACGCUGAACAUAAUCCCUGACCACAGCAGCAGGUCUUGUACGGAGAGCGCGGCCGGAGAAUCUUUGUUAGACUACAAUUACACUCCAGUUUCAGAGGCUCAAACGGAGACAGUGUCGGAGAAAAAGCCAUUGCACCCCUCCGAGGCUUCUCACGUGGCCGCUGAGCGUGUUAACGCGUUAGCGUUAAUAUCGACUGUUAUUUCGAUGGCUUGUAUUUUGCAGGCAAAAUUAAGACUCAAUAAGAAGACACCGCGCCCUAGGCGAGGCGCCGCUAUCACUAGUACCUCAGUGGCGCCGAUAGCUAGGCCUAUUUUCAAGGGACGUGCGCCGCGCGUUGCAAGGAAUACAGGCGUUGCUUCCUUGGCAGAAUGUCGCAACGCAUCACAGGCGUCUCGAAAGUCGUAUGCGACGGUCACGCGCGCGCCGACUCGCGCGCUUGCCCCUGCCCUGAACGACACUUUCCAAAGCUUCAACGUGCCCGUAAAUUCCUACCCACGGACGCCUUACAUCAAGAAGGUGAACCAUAAGCUGGUGAUGGACGAAGACCUAGUGCGAGGGCGUGCGGCCGCUAAGAAAGCCUUCAAGAAUCAGCCAGAUUUCUCCUUACCCUACGUUCCAGGAGCUAGCAAUAGCCCAGUGAAGAUAGCAAAGAAACAUCUGCCAAUUGGUGCCAACAAAUCCUGCGAGAAUUGGGAUGAGCGGAACGCGGAAUUGGCAUCCAGUGCGAGAACGCCCACGAACCUACCGUACAUGUGACAACACGGCCACGGGUUGCUCCGGGCCCUCUUCUACUAACCACUUCGAUACCACAACGGAAUUGUCUUUUACUACCAGACCAGGGCUAUAACCGCGAA